AUGUCAUCUUCAAGAGGAAAUAAAACAGCCGUACCAGCCUCGAAGAAGAGGACGGGAGCAUCAUCCUCCGCGGGUCCAACUGCGAAAAUCCGUCACCCUCUCCUACAGUUUCCACUAGGGCCCCAAGAAAAGCUCUUCCAAAUACUUCGGGCCCGACCUUUAACAGCAAGCCGCUGCAUCAACUGGGCUACCGUAGAACAAGUCCAGAUGGCUGAUGCGAUUCGGGCUCUCUUAACCACCGACUCAUGGGAGCUGUUCUUCGGGAUUAUCGAGCCGACAUACCUUGAGCUCACGAUGGAACUCUGCUCAACGUUCUAUCUCCAGAUCGUAAUGACAAGCGAUACGGAGGUUAAGAGUCCUACUGUUAAGGAGUUGAGAAUAGUUAAGAAAUUUUCUGAUAUUUUUCCCAAAGAGCUGUCGGGAUUGCUGCCCAGCAGAGAAGUAAAAUUUGGAAUUGAGUUGUUACCUGGUACGGCUCCGGUGUCCAUCGCCCCUUAUCAGAUGGUACCAAAGGAGUUGGUAGAACUUAAGGCACAGAUUCAGGAAUUGUUGGAUCAAGGAUUCAUUCAACCAACUGAAGGGAUUAAGGUGGAUCCCCGAAAAAUUGAAGUGGUGUUAGACUGGAAAACACCCAAGUCGGUAUCAAAAAUUCGAAGUUUUCUAGGCUUGGCAGGGUAUUAUAGGCGAUUUGUUGAGGGCUUUUCAAUAAUUGCUGCACCAUUAACUAAGUUGUUGAGGAAGGGAGUAUCGUUUGAAUGGACGGACAAGCAGCAAGAGAGUUUUGGAAAGUUUAAGAAGGUCUUAACUAAGGCCCCUCUGUUGAUUCAACCAGAGCCUGGGAAUGAGUUUACGGUUUAUAGUGAUGCGUCGCAUGUGGGCUUGGGCUGCAUGUUGAUGCAGGAAGGAAAGGUGGUUGUGUAUGCAUCACGACAACUUAAGACUCAUGAGGUGAAUUCCCCAACUCAUGACUUGGAACUAGCCACAGUGGUCUUCACGCUAAAAAUAUGGAGACAUUAUCUAUAA